AUGGUUGAUGCUUCCGGAUCAGAGUGGGCAGAGGUUGAGGGCCAGCUCAAGGAGUCGCUCCCGACAGCCGAGCUUGUCCGUCUCGAGCGAGUCGAGGAUCGGCUGCUGUGGAGGGACUACUGCUCCAAACGGGAUCGGAUCGAGCUUACGCGCGGUGGCAAUGCGAAUGAGCAGAAAAUGUGGCACGGGACCUCCGCUCUCGACCCUCACAAGGCACUGGAACACGAGGUUGGCAUCGACCCUCGGUUCUCGAGUGCGGCCUUCUACGGGCGAGGAGUGUACCUUGCGGCAAAGGCGCGAUACUCCAAUGGCGAUGAAGACCGCACGUAUGUCUUCUACCCUGACUACCCAGACCGUGAGCUGCGCCAGCUGCUGCUGCUCCGUGCUGCGGUCGGCGUCUCCAAGGACUUUGGAAGCCUAGUCAGCGAGAAGACGCGGAACUUGACCAAGCCGCCGGAGCAAAGCCCGGGUGUGCUGUUUGACUCCGUGCAGGGCGGACCGCACCGGCCGUCACGCGCUGGAGAGGGCAGCUGCGACUCGACGAUGGUGGUCAUGUAUGACUUGACGCAGGCCUACCCAGAGUACAUUGUCACCUACAGGGUGCGUGAGAAGCCAGGUUGGUUUCGCUGGCGAUAG